GUUGUUAGUAUUUAAAGUGAAGCAUUUAGUUGUAAAAAGAAAUUUUAUUUAAUUUUUCACUUUUUCUGGACGAUUAGUGUCCCAACAAUUAGUUUCUUAUAAUAAGUGAAUUUGUUUGUUAUAUAAUAGCAGUUUAAUUUUAUAUUUAAAAAAUGUUUCUCAAAUUAUUAUUGUGUUUAUCAUUAACGGUGACAGUCUAUUGUCAAUUUCCUUCAAACACAUUAAGUACAACACCGUCACCACAUCCACCCGCACAGGUUCACUACGUUAACAUUGGAGCCGAUUUGGCCGGGGAUUACAAGUUUGGUUACGACACCGGCAAAGGUCCGUCAGGUCAGAGUUUCCGAGAGGAGACUCGUGGAGCUGAUGGCACAGUUAGAGGAGCUUAUGGUUAUACCGAUGCCAAUGGUCAGCAACGUAUUGUGAAAUACUCGGCAGGAAAAGAGGGUUUCAAAAUUGAAGACGACUCGCCAGCCGGCGGAUCGGCUCCGCGAUCAGCACCGGCACCAACCGCUGCUCCAUACCGUCCACCACAAACUCUACCCCCACAGAUUUACAGACCGGCACCGUCACAACAAUUGGCACCACAAUCCUAUUCCAGACCCGCCUCGAGUUCAUCCGAUGGCGGAUACCUUGAGUUGAAUGUCCGUCCAAUGACCCAAUCAUCGUAUCGUCCGUCGACUCAAACCUUGCGGCAAGUGUUACCAUCGCAGGGCUAUAACAGUGGCAGUCUAUCAUCUCUGUCCUCUCCCUCGUCUUACUCAAACCCAUCGUCUUACUCGAGCCCUUCGUCUUACUCGUCAUCCCUGUCCUCAAACAGUGGCAAUUCUUAUCAAUCAUCUCAGCCAACCCUACAAACAUACCGAUCGCCAGCACAAGUAGUCCGACCGGCAUCUGCUCCUUCAAUGAAUUCUCAGCCCGUAUUGAGACAAUACGCAAGUUUGGCGACCACUCCCCGACCCGAGGAGGAGACAUGGGGUCCACCCGUUAUUAACACUGCUUUACUCAACUAUAAUAUAGGCUCUCAGGGAGGUCAACCUGUAUCUCGUCUGAGCUAUGCAUCCAGUUCCUCAUCUGAGUCAUAUCAAGUACCGGCACCAUUUGUAUCACGACAAUCAGCACCAGUAGCCUAUCGUACUAAUGCUCCCGUAACUAACAUUCCCGUUAACCGCGAUUGGGAUACUCCUAUAUUGAGAUCUUAUACUAAUUUAAACGAUGGUUCAGCCAAACCUCUGGAAAACUGGGGUCCGCCGGUCAUCAAUACGGCUUUACUUAACUAUGAUAUCGGUUCACAAAUUAAUAGAGGCUAAUGUCUAACAUGUUUUUAACUAUAUUAUAACCGCACAAUUUAAUAUAAUUUGUAAACAGUUAACUAAAAUAAAUUGUA